AUGGACCCAGACAUCUUCCCCAGUCUUCAUUCAGUCACCAAGCAGCUCCGCCAACAAUCCUUAUCCCUCAAAAAUAGACUACAAUCCAUUGUCCAUGAUGCCAAAUUUGUAGAGUCUCUCGACCUACCGGUAUUGGUGCCCAAUGAAAGAUGCGGUUUAUGGUACGUUCCGCCUCAGAAACGUACAGAUUCGGCCUACUUCAAGUCUACAGAUGGCCAUAUGAACGAAUGGGCUUUUUCGUUUCGAAGAUUAAAUAUCCACUUGCUUCCCUUGUUGCAAAAAACCGAAACAAUUGCAAUUGUUGAUUCCACCAGAAGAGGCAAAUUGAUGCCCGAUGCACUUCUGAAAACUACUCCCAUCUGGUGUGCUGUUAUAUCCACCAUAAUGGCCAAAAGAGGCUUUUUUGAACUUGAUAAUGUCCUCUAUACGCCUCGCUCAAUGGUUUCAGAGAGCGAACACAACGAGAUUGCAAAAAAAAUCAACCACUUUGUUUUGGAAGCAGAACGACUCCAUCUCUUCGAUAAUGUGGAGCUCGAUAAGCCUAUAGUUCCUUGCUGGAUAUAUCCUGAUAACGAAGGUGAGGGCCGUUUUGGGGGCCGUUUCGAGGGCCAUUUUGGUUCUUCAUCGUACCGCAUUCAGUGUGUCACAGCGUCCAGGAAAGCUUCUGGAAACUCCUAUGCCACAGCUGUUCAUGACGGAAAGAGCAUAUCUUGGAAUUAUGUACAAGGAGCAGCAGACGACCAUGAAUUGUGGAUCUCAAAUGAGGUCUGCGAAGGAAAACUCAAUGCUGAUUUAUUCUGGAAAAUUUUGGACAAAAAUAAAAGCCUGUUCAUUGAUUCGGAAACCGGAUACUUAUACGACUGGCUUACUGACGAAAAAUUGGUCAAAAGACUUAACGAAGCAUAUUUCAACAUGGAUUCGGACAGUUUAACCUCACCUAUCUCAGAUAUUACAUUCAUCGAAAACGACGAAAAUGACACAGGGAUUGCUCUUGGAGUCAUCAAGGAACCGCUACUGGUCCAGUCAUUACAAAAGAGGUUCAAUCAGGUGAUUAUUCUUUCAGAAAAAGAAGUUUUAGCUGAUGAUAAAGCAGUAAAAGUUCACCAUUACAAGCUACAGUCUUCCAAAAAAGGCUCCAAGCAACUCAGAGCGAUUCUCCCACUGCUUAUGGGUCUGAUAGACAUUACCAAUACAAACAAAGUGCUAAUUGCUUGCGAUACAGGUACAGAUUUGGGUCCUGGAGUCGCCUUGGCCAUACUAUGCAAAAAUUUUGAUAGUGACUGGAAACAAAAUUGUCCAAGAUAUAUCGAUAAAGAUACAGUCAGACGUCACAGCGCCGCCCUUGCACAUGUCCGGAGGAUCAAUCCCAGCAGAAACACCCUUCAAAGUAUCAAUACCUACUUGAUGGGCACGGCCGGUCCUGCAUAA